UAAGCGACGGGAUGAAGGUUGUAUGGAGUAUAAGUGACGGGAUGAAGGUUGUUACUGGAGUAUGAGAGAUGGGACGAAGCUUGUUACUGGAGUAUAAGCGACGGGAUGAAGUUUGUACUGGAGUAUAAGCGAUGGGAUAGGAGCGUCAAAACAUCCCCCAGCAGCACCCACAACACGAACGUUUCAAUCUCCAGUAAUACUCAUCUCGCCCUAACAUCACUGCCAUCUUACCCGAGGCUUCACACUACAUCACUCCCUCAGACGGUCCCUCUCAUUAGCAAGAAGGAAAAGAACGUUGGAAGCUCUGUCUAUAGUGAGGGAGAGGAGGUGCAGAGUCCUGGUUUUAAAUUGCGUUGCAUCUGCAUAGGCGAAAUUUAUCCUCAGUUUGUAUGUGAUUUCCGAUAAUGGCAGAUCCUGAGGAAGAAAUGACCAGUGAUCAGGAAAGAGAAGAGAGUAUGGAGGGUGUGAGUGAUGGUCAUGACACCGACUCAGAGGAUGAGGGAGAGCAAGAUAAGAAGGAGGAAGAACUCAGGCUAAAAGUUAAGGAAUUAAAGAAACAGCUGGACGUAAAUAACUUAUAUUAUGAUGGGCACGUGCAGCUGAUAGCAGCAUUACGUGACCUUUUUGAGCUAGAAGAGGCAAGAAAAGCUAGACAAAAGAUGAGUGAAGUGUACCCUUUAACACCAGAGUUAUGGUUGGACUGGAUUCGGGAUGAGCAAAAAGUGUGCACAUCAAGUGAUGAGAGGCUGUAUAUUGCUGAGUUAUUUGAUCGAGCCGUAAAAGAUUAUAUGAGCGUGCAACUUUGGGUAGAGUACGUAAUGUUCACGUUAGGUAGCGGGGACAUGGUAGCAACUAGAGCAACUGGAGAACGUGCUCUUACUGCUGUAGGAACUCAUGUUGCAGAAGGCGUGUUAAUAUGGCAAGUUGUACUACUAGUUGAGAAGCAGAUAUAUGCAGGCUUACAAAAGUCAGGUACCAUUCAGUCAGAACAGGAAAUAAAAGAGCAAGAAAAACAGCUUCAUAGAAUCCAAGGACUCUUGCGAAGACAGAUGAGGGUUCCCUUGCUCAACUGUGAUGCCGAGUCACUACUUGAGGAAGCUUCUGAAUAUUUUGAUGGUGAAGUUGACCCUCAUAUGAAGGAAGAUCUCAAGAAAACCCAAAAGAAACUGAAUGAGAAAAUUCCUUUUGAAGAUGAUUUGCUGAGAGCUGAAAAUGAUGUUGACAAACUGGCUGGAUAUCGACGUUAUAUUGCACAGACAAAGGAAACUGACAAUCCUGCAGCAGUGCAGAGUUUAUAUGAGAGAGCUGUUACUGACCACUGUCUUGAUGUAGGCCUAUGGGAAGAAUAUGUUCGUUUUGUUAUGCAUCAGUUUCCUGGAUUGGACUAUGUUGUUUUACCUGUUUGUGAACGCAGCCAGAGGAAUUGUCCUUGGUCUGCCACCCUCUGUGACCUCCAUAUCACAGCUCUGCAGAUGUUUGCUUCUAAGGAAGAUGAGUCUCUUACAGCUAAAGUAAAAGGUGCUCUGGAGAAAGGCCUCAGCUGUGGUAUUCAGUCUGGACGUGAAGCUACUCGCAUGUGGAUGGCCUACCUGAUAUACUUGAGGAGGCAAAUUGUAUGGGACCAGCCCCAUGAUUGCCAGCUACUUGCUUUUAGAGAGGCAGGACAGCAAGCUAUAAGCAUGAUUGAUGAGUAUUUUGGUGAAGAUGGAGACAUUGAAAGUGAAAUACCUCGCUUCUUAGCUCGGAUUGAAGCAGAAUGUGCUCAUGAUGCUGAAAGAGCAAGAGAAAUUUGGAAUGACAUUAUUAUGAAACGAAACAACAACUUUAAGAAUGCAAAGUUAUGGUUGGAAUUUAUCAGCUUAGAGAGGAGUUAUGGGUCAGAGAAACAUUGUCGUAAGCUUUUCCGUCGUGCUCUGGAGAGAGUUUGGGAUUGGGUGGAAGAAAUAGGUUCUGCCUACCUUCGCUUUGAGCAAGAUGUUGGAACACUAGAAUCAAUGGAGGACUUCAAGAAGAGAUAUGAAGACAGGUUGGCUAUUGUAAAUAAGAAGAGAGCAGAAGAUGCUGCAAAAUUAGAAGCAGAAAAGCAAGCUGAGAAUGAAAUAAGCCAAGGAAAGACACAAAAAGAGAAAAUAAAUAGAAAAGAGAGGAAUAAACCAAACAGAGCUAAAAAUAGUCGUCAGUCACAGGGCAUUGGAGUAUUUAAAGUUCCUCUUCCAGUCAUUAAAGGAUCCAAAGGCUUCAAGGAUGAAGUUACACCAUCUCCAGGCUUCAAGGGUGAGAAUGCACCACCUCCAGGCUUCAAGGGUGAGAUUACACCACCUCCAGGCUUCAAGGGUGAAAAUGCACCACCUCCAGGCUUCAAGGGUGAGAUUACACCACCUCCAGGCUUCAAGGGUGAGGUUGCACCACCUCCAGGCUUCAUAGGUGAUGUUCCACCACCUUCAGGUUUUAAGGAUGAUGAUAUUCCACCUCCUGGCUUCAAGGAUGAUGUAGAACCUCCUCCAGGCUUUCAGGCUCAAGUAUCUGACUCAUCUAAUGCUUCUAAAAGACAAGCAGAGGAUUCAGAAGAUGAUAAACCACAAAUAAAGAAAAUAAAGAUUGAGCAGCAGUAUGGAGUUCUCACAGAGCUAGAUCCAAAAGAUGAAUUAUGUACAGUCUUCCUUAGCAAUUUGGAAUUCACUGUUGGGAAGGAAGAUAUAGUAACUAUAUUCAGUAAUUGUGGUGAAAUAGCAGACUUCAGACUGGUUAAAGACUUCAAAUGUCGGAGUAAAGGCUUUGGUUAUCUUGUUUUCAAAACACACGAUGCUGCUGUAAAAAGUUUAGAGCUUGAUCGAACUCUCAUUAAUGGCCGACCAGUCUUUGUUUCUCCUUAUGACCCUGGGAACCAUGGUAAAAAAUUCAGAUAUUCAACAGGUGAGGAAAAGGACAAGUUAUUUGUAAGAGGGUUACCAUUUUCUAUGACAGAAAAUGAAAUAAGAGAAAUCUUUCAACCCCAUGGUGAAAUUAAGGCUCUGCGGCUGGUCACUUUCCGAAAUGGCCACUCAAAAGGUACUUGUUAUAUAGACUACCAUGAUGCUACUACAGCAGAAAAAGUGCAGAAAGCUAUGAAUGGGAUAGAAGUAGGAGGAAAGACAAUUUCAGUGCUCAUUAGUGACCCCUCUGUCAAAAAGAACCCAUCUAAUCAAGAAAAAAUGUUAGAUGAGGGAAUUUUGGGUGGUGGUAACAAAGGUAAAAAGGCUUUUGGCAGCCGGGGUAAAGGUAUGUUCAGUUUGAUGCCAAGAGCGCUUUUACGUGCUCAUACAGCUGCAGGUUCUUCAGAGACUCCAGCAACAGAAACUUCAGAAACAAAAUUGAGCAAUGAGGACUUUCGAAAUAUGCUUUUGAAGAAAUGAACUGAAAUUAUUUUUUGUAAUUUGACAAGAAAUUAUUGUUUAUUUUAAACAGUAUAAACACAUUAAAAGGCUGAGUGAUAAUGCAACCGUUUCAUUUAAACAUUUUGAAGAAAAACUAACAUGUUAAAAAUGUUUUAUAUUGACUUUGAUGGUAAUAGUACUGCAUAUAUAGGUAGUAGGUUGGUAGACAGCAACCACCCAGGGAAGUACUACCGUCCUGCCAGAUGACUGUGAAACAGAAACCUGUAACUGUUUUGCAUGAUGGUAGGAUUGCUGGUUUCUUUUUCUGUCUCAUAAACACGCUAGAUAACAGGGAUAUCUUGCUACUCCUACUAACACUUUGGUCACACUUCACAGACACGCACAUGCAUAUAUAUAUACAUACAUCUAGGUUUUUCUCCUUUUUCUAAAUAGCUCUUGUUCUUCUUUAUUUCUUCUAUUGUCCAUGGGGAAGUGGAAAAGAAUCUUUCCUCCGUAAGCCAUGCGUGUCGUAUGAGGCGACUAAAAUGCCGAAAGCAAUGGGCUAGUAACCCCUUCUCCUGUAGACAUUUACUAAAAAAGAAUAAGAAGAAAAACUUUAUAAAACUGGGAUGCUUAAAUGUGCGUGGAUGUAGUGCGGAUGACAAGAAACAGAUGAUUGCUGAUGUUAUGAAUGAAAAGAAGUUGGAUGUCCUGGCCCUAAGCGAAACAAAGCUGAAAGGGGUAGGGGGAGUUUCAGUGGGGGGAAAUAAAUGGGAUUAAAUCUGGAGUAUCUGAGAGAGUUAGAGCAAAGGAAGGGGUAGCAGUAAUGUUGAAGGAUCAGUUAUGGAAGGAGAAAAGAGAAUAUGAAUGUGUAAAUUCAAGAAUUAUGUGGAUUAAAGUAAAGGUUGGAUGCGAGAAGUGGGUCAUAAUAAGCGUGUAUGCACCUGGAGAAGAGAGGAAUGCAGAGGAGAGAG